AAUAACCGAAUCCGAACUAAAAAUACCCGAACCCGACCCGAAGUACAGAAAUACCCGAACGGGUUCUACACCUCUAUACCGAAAUACCUGAAAAUCCGAAAUACCCGAUCCGAACCCGAACGGGUACCCGAACGCCCACCCCUAAAUUAUAAUGACUAGUUUAUAUAUAUAUUAUAAACGUGUUCUUCUCUUCAGUUUACUAGAAAACCUCUCUGAAUUCUCGCUCGUAAUUUCCCAUUAAACUUCGUUUUUCUACAUACCACAAGUCGUUGUAGAUAUCACAGGAAAACACCCUGAAACCAAAACGAAGAAAAAAGGUUUUUAAUUCUUAAAAUUCAUCAACUUCACCACCAAAGAUUUCUUUAAUGGGACUUGGGAAUGAAAUAAAGAUUCAGCAACUUCCUUGUCAUGAGGUAGUUCCCUUCUCAAGGCUUCGUACAUAAUCACUCACUGCAUAUCCCCGUCUCUCCAUCUACAGUUGAACACACGGGGUUGCGAGAUACUUCCUGGUGCAAAACUCCAAUGUUUUAUGCCUUAUAAUCUCUUGUUACUUGUUAGGUUGGACUUCUAUAGCUUCUAUUUGGGCCUCUGUUAGACAUCACCAGACCAAAGAAACAUGCCCACUAGCCCAAACAGAAUCGUAUCUCACAGAUGUACUUGGCAAGAAUUCUGAUAUCCUCUCUAUGGGAAAUAUAUAUUUCAAAGCAUAUUUAACUGUGAUAAAAAGGGAACUUUAACAUAAUGUAGAAUAUUUAUGGUAGUAUCAUAUCUUGGGCAUUAAUUUUUGGGAGAUUAUGAGCUAUAUAUAAAUAUGUGAAUAUUGACUUUUAAUUUAUAGCGUGGCUGGACAAUAUUGUGCAUUAACGUCUGAGAGAUUAUGAGCUAUAUAUGCAGAUGAUGAAUUAGGAUGAAAGAUCUUUACUAUACCUCUAUAAGAAUUAGCAGCAAGGGGAAUUCAUUUCAUUAUCAACGAUGGAGACGGCAGAGAAGCGAGUAAUGAUUGCAUCAUCAUCUCAAAGAAAGAGAAAGAGAAGAAAAAUCCGAAGAAUAAUAAGAAAAAGAAGAAGAAGAAACGAGAAGCUAGUGACUGCUCCAUCAUCACUACCAAAUGACGUCAUCGAGGAGAUCUUCUUGCGGCUUCCUGUGAAAGCAUUAAUCCGUCUCAAGUCGCUCUCAAAACAAUGGAGAGUGGUGAUCGAGUCUCUCUCUUUCGCAGAGAGACACUUGAAGAUCGCCGAGCAAUACCGCUUGGUUCAUCCCAAAGUCAUGGUCAUCACCGACGAAAAGGAGACUGGAUGGACUCUUCGCCCAGACACAGACAUUGGUUUUAGAACAUUCUGCUUAGAAUCGGGUUCUGUUCUAUCUUUUAGUCUUAUCAAUUUCCCUCAAGGAUUCUUUAACUGUACCUUCGUUUCUGAAAACUGUGAUGGCCUUUUCUGCAUUCAUUCCCCACAAUCUCACUCUGUAUAUGUAGUUAACCCGGCUACACGGUGGCUCCGACAACUUCCUCCGUCUAGGUUUCAGAUUUCGAUGCACAAGUUUUACCCGACUCGAGAAGAUUGGAGAUUCAUGGAUUCACUCUUUCAUCUAGCAUUCGUGAAGGCUGCUGCUGGUUACAAAUUAGUUUGGUUGUAUAAUUGUGAAAACUACAAUGCUGAUGCUUCGUUUCCAAGCGAGGGAGUUACCAAGUGCGAGGUUUUUGACUUUAGGGCAAACACUUGGAGAUACUUGUCUUGCACUCCAAGUUAUCGUAUAUUUUAUAAUCAAAAGCCAGCCUAUGCAAAUGGGUCCGUGUACUGGUUGACGGAACCAUAUAACGCUAGAAUCGAAGUGGUAGCUUUUGAUAUCCAGACAGAAACAUUCAGGUUGCUGCCGAAUAUCAUUGUCGCCAUUGCUGAUUCAGAUCCUAACCAUAUAGACAUGUGCAGUCUGGAUAACCAUUUGUGUAUGUCGAAAAGGGAGCAUGUUACCAUGAUCCAAGAUAUUUGGAGGUUAAAACCAUCAGAAGACACUUGGGAGAAGAUUUUUUCCAUAGAUCUCAUUUCUUGCCAUUCUCCUCGGACUGAGAUCCGCGAUAUGUUUGAAUGGAGCCAGAAGGAUAUGGUUGAGCCAUCCACACCAGUGGCAGUAUGCAAGAACAAGAAGAUCCUGCUCUCACAUCGCUGUUCCCGCGGUCUGGUAAAAUAUGACCCCCUAACAAAGUCUCUAGAUUUUUUUACCGGAAUUAUAGGGCUUGGAGAAAAGUUACUUAUUUUCAAAGUUUGAUCUCUCAUAUAUAAUUAAAAGAUUAUACUAUUUGCAACAACGUUUAAUGUGUAUUGAGAGCACGAAAGAAACAUAGCAUGUCUUUCUGUUGGGGUUUCUCUUAUCUUGUUUUCUAAAGAAUCCAUCUCUUGCAAUUUCUUUUAAAUGGAAAAUGAUGUGUGAGGAAUAAUGAAUGUAAAGUCUGAGCUUUUCCUAUCGUCACAACUUUUAUUUUCUCAUCGAAGAGACAAGAAGAGAGCAAAAAGUUUAUACUGACCCAAGCAAGAAAAGAGAAGAGAAGAUAUAUGACUGACUGAGUCAAUUUUUUUUGUCAUGUAUCUUCUCUUUUUUGUCACAACUUUUCAGCGUCUAAACUGACCCAAGCAAGAAAAGAGAAGAUACAUCAUACAUGACUGGUGUACUCAAAGUUGCAACAAAAUUUCAUUUGCGCGAAGUUGAGAUGUUUUAAGGAUUGAUCGAGAGCGCACAAUUGGGAUACGAAUGGAUAAUGAAGUAAACUGAUAUAUUUCUGAAAUUCUUUUUCUGUAAUGUUCUUAAAAGGUUUCUCUAAUAACACUAAUAAAGUUGUGUAUUUCUUAUGAACAAUUUUUAAAGUAUUCUAAAAUCCGGUUUACAAUUUCUUUUGUUCAAAAUACGAUUUAGCUUUGAAUAACACUAGAUUUGAUAGAGCUUUUAUAAAUGGGUGAUUGAAUAACAAGUGAUUUGAAGUGGUAGUUAAUGAAUUUACAUAAAUUUCAUAUUCAAUAACACAUGACUUGAAAAAGUUUUUUAUAAAUUAUUAGUUGAAUAACAGUGGAUUGACUAAACAAAACUAAAAUCUCUUAAAACUUCUAAUUCAAUACACCCCCUAGAUGUUUUUACAGGAAUUAUAUGGCUUGGAGUAAAGUUACUUAUUUUCAAAGUUGGAUCUCCCAUUAUCGAAUUAAAAGCUUAUACUGUUUACAACAGCACUAGAUGUGUACUGAGAGCAUAACAGAAACAUACCAUCUCUUUUCUGUUGGGGUUUCUUUUACCAGAAACUCUUCUCAUAUUUAUAUGAAUGAAAUUCACAUUUUGGCAAAAACAAAUGUAGCACGUUCCCGGCCACUAUGCUACCCACAAAGAAAAGAGGAAGUUUGAAUUACCGUUACAGCUCUCUCAGCCCUAACUUCCGAACUUUCUAAUCUUUUGGCUCGAAGAGAUUCCACCACCGAUGCGCUAAUUCCAUCUACAUUGUCCUUUGAUGGUGCAGAUGCAGCAAUGUCUGCAUCAUCUUCAACAUUUGCUGUAACUAAUUAGUUUACCCUGUAAACUCAUAAGACACCAACAACAAUGACAUAUAUGCAGAUUAAGACUACUAUCAGAGUCGGGCCUGAAUAUGUGGGGGCCCUAUUUGAGUUUUUCAAACACAUAAGUUUUUUAACAAUGGAUGCUCUUAAAAUGAUGGCCCAUAGAAUGUUUCAAAGAACGAAUUCAAGCACUGUAUCAUAUAUGACAUGUAACCUCCAGACAUGGUGUGAGUCAGACUCAUAAUAAUCGGCUUAAGAGGACCUUUAUCUCGUUUCCCCCACUUGUUCCUUGCUAGUUGAUAAUUUUGAAGACUUUGUAUGUCAGCCCAGUCUUGUUCUAACUCAUUUUCUUCAUCAUUAACUCUUGUAGUUAUUCUUUGGACUUUAUUUUCUGACACUAUCUCUUCAAUAGUAAGAAAGCCUAUCUGUUAAAAUGCAACAUAUUUUAAUUUUCUAUCAACCUCUGGUAUAAUACAAGUGUCAAUGUCCUUAAUUGGCCCUGCGUACAUAGUUGGAUCAGUUUUGCACCAACGAGUAUCUCUCAAAACCGUUUGUAUAGCAAUCAAGCAUUAGAGGGAUUGUGUCAAACAAGAUUCCGGUGAAGAGGGAGUCAACUGAAAAUGAUGAUACAAUAUUAGCAGUAUAGUACUAUAGUUUCUGUGUAUAUAUAGCUUACGUGUACAUAUACAGCUUACAUAUACUGUACAUAGGUGGAUCAGUUUAUACUUGUAUAUAAAGGAUUGUACUGUAUAAUCCUGCUAAUAAUAUUUACAUUUACGUUUAUAGUUACGCUUACGUGCUAUAUACACAAACUAUACUGCUAAUAAUAUAUAAGUUCUCUUCGGGAGUUGCAUAAUGGGAACGUAUUGCAUGCAUGUAUUGUUACGUCGUAAUGUAUAUAUGUUCUCGUUCAGCCCACAUCCGUACCUAUAAACCUUAAAUCCAUCAUAAUAGUUCGAUCCUUGGAUUAUAUAUUAUAUUUCUUUUUGUUUUAUAGAUGUUUACAUUCGUUUAUGUGCUUAGGUUUCACUCAGUGGUCGAGUGAUUGGCAUGAUAAAAAUGGUUUCAAGCAGGAAGUUUCGUUUCCAAAACUAAAGCUACGCAGAUACCACCUUGGUUAAGGAGCCUCAAUCCUCGCACAUACAAUAGUAAAAAGCUUAAUUAAGGAGGAUGUUAAUGAUUUGCAUGUGCUUGCAUACGUUUGUUUUACAAUUUGGCAGAUGAAAAAGUAAAAGUCGAUGUUGAGGCUAAUUACUGUUGAGAUAGGAUUUGCCAAAUGUGGUGUGCCUCGAUGACAUCAGCCGAGAUUUCACAUGCUAAGGACCUGAGACAUAAUUUGCCAAAUCGGGGACAGACCGAGCUUCCUUGCAUCUUCCUCAAGCAAUUUGUUUUGCAUUUAUACCCCUUCUUCAUCAAACUCUCUCUCUUCAUCAGUCAUCACAAUAUCAAUCUCCUCUCUUUUGUUCUUCACAAACAGGAAAGAAAUGUCAUCUAGUGGUGCUUGGAACGAUAGCAUGAUCGUUAGGUACCACAAUGCGGUUGCGAGACUUGGAGGGAAUCAGAAUCUUAUUAAGGAGAUAGCCAUCGAGCUUGGUGUGCCAGAGAGUGAGGUGCAGCGAGAGGCACAGAAGUUGAAGGACAUCGGGAAGAGCAAGAAGGGAAAGGUCAAGAAAGGUGCUUGAAAUCAAUAUUUUAAUGGGUUUAAGAAACAUAAAGUUCUAUUUUAUAUGAUCGGUGGGUUUCUCUAGUUUCUCUAUUUUUCUUCUUAUAUUCCUCUCUUUCUCAUGAUGAUGUUGAAUGAAACAUAUGAAAAUAGUUUGUGGUUUGUAAAUAGACUUAUGAAGUGCUUGUGGUUUAAGGAACAUUAAAUAUAUUUUAUGAUGGUGUGUUAUAGUUUCUUACUUUUUCUUUUAUUUAUGAUGAUAUGAAUUUAGAUUGUAAAUUGAUAAUAUGCUUGAUCGAACCAACCAAACAUAUGCUCAAAGCCAGUGAUAAAGAGUGUUAUAACCGAGAAAGCAAUGUAGAAUGUCGCGCGGGUUUAUGUAGCAAAAGAUUAAACUAUAUAUGUAACCAUGUCCACAAAAUGUAGAAACUGAAAGGGGGUGGAGAACAAGACAAGUCAAAACCAGAGUACAAAACAUCACCGCUGAAAACCUUUACAGACCUAAAAGAAAACUCAUACAUCUUCCUCUAGUUCGGUAGGAUGGAUGUUCAAUGGACUAAUCACCACUCUUACCAUAAACUUUAGAUCAUGAGGAAGCUGUCUUCCUGAGCUUCCAAUCUCGAUGAAGAAGCUGUUUCAUGGACAAUGUAUGAAUGACUCUGUUCUUCCACAAUGUGGAUGUUUCGGUUGCAAAUGCGGGAGAAGCAGCUGAUGAGCUUCUCUGUUGAAUAUGAUCAGAAGCAGAGAACAGUAUAUGAGGAUGUAAAUCAAGAAUUUGAGGAUGGAUCACCAAGACCUGGUGAAGGAUCAAUAAUAAAGAAGCUAUGGACUUUUCUAACUACAUAACACAUCUCACGUGAAUGAUCUAAGAAAUGUGUUGUUACUUUCACAUUUAUAUUGUGAAAGCCUUCUUGUAUCCAAAGAGACCCUUUUGAUGGAGGAUGAAGUUAGAGCAUUAGAAGCAGAGGCAUGUGUUUAAUGAUAUGUACUCGGGAUGGUUUUAGAAAAGCAGAAACGUUAAACAGAAUAGCUUGAGGCUUUGCCUUGUCUUGUCCUUGGUUCAUUACACAUCAAUCGAAACAACCUAACAGCUUAAAUUCUCUAGAAAGUUUUAUCAAUAUAUGGGAAGAAGAUGCAAGGCUUGGAAGAAUCCAAAUCUUUGUCUACCAUUAGAGAUUGUAAUGUCAGAAUCUCAUAAGCUUUUACUUCCCCUUGUAGUGAUGCCAUAUACGUAAGAGAAAGCCCAUGACGACUGAAAAUGAUUCUUAUUGGGCCGAUAUUGAAGUUAAAUAAACAGAAGAUAAAUAAAAACUAAAACACGUUUGGCCUAUGCAUAUUUCGAACCUUCGCAUUAUCAGCACGACACUCUAAUCAACCGAGCUGUGGAAACACCGUGGCCUAGUGGUCAAGGUUUAAAGGCUUCUACACCUAGGUCUGGUCAAGGUUUAAAAGCUUCUACAACGCAAUUUCUACAGGAAGAGGUCUGGGUUUCAAUUCCCGGAGAAGGCGAAUUAUGCAGAAAAUUAGAGAAAAUGCUUACAAGAGAUCUUCAGCAUGGCGCAAAGAGUACCGUCAGGAAUGGAUCUCGUAGAGCUACUCAGGGUGAUGCAGUCAGGUGUGAAUCCUCAUAAGGCAGGUAGAAUUUUCGGCUAUAAUAUCGUCUAUGUAAUGUUUCUCAUAAUUUGUAAUAGCAUAAUUAACCAGACAAAAAAAAAAAAAUCAACCGAGCUAAUGGGCCACUUUAUUCGUUUGCUAUCAUUUACAUUUGUAGAAAAUAAAUCUUGAUAGAAAGAUUCAGAAAGCGUUUAUUUCGAGAAUUGUAAUCUCGUUUGAUAGCAUUGCACGAGAUAAAUUUUACAUGUGAAGAUUUUCAACGCAGUGAAAAAUUAAAGAAGAAACUAAAGAAGAGAAAAAGUUUGAUAUACAUCGUCGAGAGCGUGAACGUCACGCGCCCCCAAAUUAUUCUCUCUCGAAACCUAGUCUUCUUCAACCUCAAGCUUCGUCUCCGUCACGCCUUUCCGGCGCCGUUCGGCGUUGUGAGAGGGCCCACAACCGAUACUCCCGCUAAGUCCAUCUUCCUCUCUGUUUGUGGUUCCAUUGGUGAAGGGCCUCUACUCUUCGGUGGUGUGCGAACCUGUAGCUCCGGCUACAGUUCAACUCGAGAUAGCGUCGUUUAGUGUCCUGGUUUCUCUAGCGACUAUGCCGGCACUCUGAUGCUUCUCUCCGCCUGUGAAAGUGACUCCUCUCCCAACAUUUAGGUUACCUCUACGGAGUGGUACCAAAAUGUCGCUUCUUGCCAUCUCGAUCCAAAGUAAUAUGGGUAAGCUUCGCUUGUGUUAGAGGUCUCGGGACUUCAGACUUCACUGUGGAGAUGUCUCUACAUAGAGUCACGCCAAGCGGUCUGCUAUUGAGUGAUGCUUUAAUUAGCUCCUCGUCCCCCUCUUUGGUAUUGAUUGGCGUUGCUUGUGAGUCUGGAUCUGAUUGUAGGUUUAAUUGAAUAAGGCUAUGGAGGUUCUGUGAUUUUUGGAGUUCGUGGUAACACUUUGCGGCUGGAGGAAAGAGUAAGACCCGGGAGGUGGUGAUGCUGCACCCUUACCCUUAACCGCCUUAGAGGACGAGUGCGGUUAGGUGAGUUGAGCGCUAUUAAGCACCCGUGGUUACUGUUGUCCUGUCUUUGCUGAAAUUAGGUUCAGAUCUUGCCCAGCCCGGAUUCUGAGGGUGAUCUUUGAGCGGGCCUGUCUCUGCUUCUCUGAGGAAGGUAAUUGUGCUUGCAAUAGGAUGAAACAACUUCUCGCUAGCGUCGUGUCCACCGAGCUUUGGUCUUCCGGUCUCUCCAUUCUUGCCCACCUCGUUUUGACCUUUCAUCCGACUUUUCAAGUUUGUAUCGAUCACUGUUAUCCUGUUUGCUUCCAAGCAGAACGGUUUCAGUGGCGAUUGUCAUUUGAUUACAUGUUUUUUAAACUUUUUGCCGUGUAGUCAAGCAUAGAGGUCGAACAGCUUGUGUAACAAUUUGUAACCUCAAAACGUUCAUUUCAUAAUGAUAUUUACCAUUUAGCAAAAAAGAGAAAAAGUUUUACGAAAAUUGAAAAACCAAAAUGGAGCGUACAAGUGCCAAGUGGUAUAUGCAUAGAGAGUUGGAGAGUUAGGAGAAUGAGAAUUUAUUUUAGGUCGGCGUGAAGUCUCCGGGUACGUACAACGGUACAAGUAUGUGUGACAUUCUUGCGUGUAUUAGGGUUUUCAAAAAAAAUAUAUAUAUAUAUAUAUGUAUAAACAAAAUCUAGGGUACCCUAUAAAAUACAUGUUCAUUUUAUAGCUAUUCAACCAUAGGAUGACAAUUUAUUCUACGAAUUGUUUUAAUAUGACGUAUCUCUCUAAUCAUAUAUAAGAUUUUCAGAAAUAUCCACUAUUAUUUUAAUUUUGCAUGGAGUUAAUCAUAUACAGUACUGAUUCAAUCAUCCUAACCUAACUAAUAAACUUACAUAUUAACAGUAUGUUAAUUGUAUAUGUGCAUGGGAAUUUUCAACUCCGUGCAAAAUUUUGUUUAAGUUCUUAAUGGCUAUAUUUUUUUUGUUAAAAGUAUCAUUUGCUCUAUAAUCGGGUUUUAAUUUGUGUCUUUCAUAGCAAACUUGUAGAUUACUAGAUUUAUUAAAUCCGAAAGUGAUAAGACAUCGUCCUAAUAUUUAUAUAACAUGUUACGUUAGACAUUAACUUUAAUUUUAUUUAUUCUUGAGAACAAUAUAUCGAUAACUUCCAUUUACAAAUGUUAAGGCAAAACUUUAGAAGAAUUUCCCCUAUACAAGCAUUUAUAUGCAUGUAUACACCUUCUCAGUCUACACAUUCAUAUAGCCAUUAUAUAUAAUACAUCUGUAUACGACUGAAUUAUCAUUGAUAAUUGAUGUAAGUGGCAAAAAAAGUCAAAAAUGUUAUAUGCAAAGCUGGCAGAUAGACUUUGAUGGAUUACAAGGAGAAGACUUCUAUGGAGAUUGGUGUUCGUGAAAAUUAUAAAUAAUAGCAAGUGGGUACUUUCUUUUAAUUAAGGACCAGUGACCCAGAUCUUGUUUUGUUUCUAAGUUGUGGUCAUAAACAAAUUAUAAUCACAUACAGAACAUAGCCUUUAGAUUAUAUCUAUGUCGAUUAUCUAUGUCCAAUUAAAAUCCGUAUCAUAAUCAGAUAGAUAUUUCGUACCAAAUAUUAUAAUUAAAUAGUAAGCAGAGUUUCAAUUCUAUGAUUUUUUUGGUACAAUUUCAAUUCUAUGAUUCUCAUGAGUAAUCAUUUAUUUUGAUUGAUCAGAGUCUGGACGAGUGAACUUGAUUUACGUACUUCUUACGUGCAGUAUGUUUUUUGGGUCAAAUCUUUCAUGGAGUAUGUAUAAGUGCAUCUCUAGUGACAUACAAAAAUUUUAUAUAUUUUUUACACUAAAAUAAAAUAAUUCUAUUAUAGAGUUUGAUUUGCUUCAAUGGUUCACUCUACUCUAUUAUAGAGUAAAUCAUUAAUGUUUAUUAGAAUUAUUUUAUUUUAGUGUGAAAUAUAGAGAACUUUUUUGUAUGCCAUUAGAGAUGAUAUAACUAGAUCAAUGUUUAUUAACUUUUUUUUACCAAACUCAUUAAUGUUUAUUAACCUGAUUAUAAUUAAACUGUAAUUUAAUGCAUACAUAUUGGUUCAUAAACUCUUAAACGUCUAUGAAAUUAUUCUUACGUUGUUUUUUAUUGACUACUCUGUUUUUACGUUUGGAUUAUAACUCGACAAUGGUUCGCACAAAAAAAAAAACUAGUCAACUUGGUUAUUAUUUUUCUAACUAUCUUAAAACUUUUCUUCUUCUUUUUCUGUCGUUGAUUUUUUGUCGACAUGUCACAUAGAAAUACAAAUACAAAAGUUUUGACGUCUCCGACCUCUCUUAAGUUUUGACUAUUCGAAGAUUAUAAGGUUAUUAUUAUUUAUCUAAUUUUCUCACGGACACUUCCACUACAUAAACUAAAUUAUUUGCUUAAUUUUUUUUAUAAAUUCUCUUUUUGACGAAUUUUUGUAUAAACUAUUUAAUACUUUCUUUUUUUGUCGGAAACUAUUUAAUACUUUCACUUACUAACUACUCCUAACCCAAAACUUCCGAUGUAAUUUUAGAGCAAUGACGAAUGUACGAUAAAUGGUAACUAGCUAGGAAACAACACAAAUAUAUUAAAACAGAUAUAUAAAAUUUAAAAUGUGGCAAUCUAGUGGUAUUACAAAGAGAUCGAUUUAUUCGUUUCUAAAAUUCAAAACGUUAUAAGUAUUGAGCACUAUUUAAAAAUUAAAAAUUGUAAAAUUGAGUUUGGAUAUUGGGUAUGAACUGACGAUCCAAAAAUUUUCAAAGUCUUACAAACCAAGUAUAUGUACGUAAUUAGUCAGCAAGUAUAUUGAAAACCUUAAUUGUCAAUUUAACAGCGAUUUGUAAUGUUGGACUCCGUCAAAGUCGUCAGCCGAAUGUAUAACUAUUAACUAGGUAUACAUAUCAUAAUAUCAUAUGGUGUCUCAAAAUUGUCGCUCCAUUUAUAUAAAUAUGUAUACAUAAUAUAUGUGUCUGAGUGUCUUAGGGUUUAUGGAAAUAUAGACAAUAUUAUAUUACCUUUUUUGUUAUUAGGAUUUUCAUUAGACAAUAAUAUCGCAUUUGUAGCUAUGCCAGUUAUGCGUCAACAAGUGCAAAGUUGCAAACCAUAUUUUGUUUGACUUUUCAUAAGGUUCAUGCAAUAAUUGGCCUUUCUGUUGCAAACAAUAAAAAUGAAACCCAACUUAGUUUGAUGGAAAAAUAAGUAAAAUCUCUAUAACUUCUAUAUUAGAAGCAAGUAUAAUAAUGAGCUUAUUUAUUAAAUAACCAAAAAGAAUCAAAAUUAAUUUUCUAGAGAAAUGGUAGAGAGAGAUAGGAACAUAAAAGUUGAAAGAUAAGAACAUAAAAGUGGAGAGAGGGAAUGUUUUUAGUUACUUAGUCAAUUUUGAUUUUUUUAAUGUCACUCCGAGAAAUUUUCCUAUAUUAAUCUAUAUAACUUCAUAUGUUGUACAAUAAUAAAUAUACACCUAUAUAUUAUAUGUACAUAUAUACGAUUAUUAAGGUUUUGAAUGGUGACCAUCGUCCCGCCCUGCAGUUAACAGUAACAAAAAUCUCUACAUAUACUAUAUAUAUAUACAUUUUUAUAACUGUUAGAACUGCACCGCAGUUGAACCGCUUGUCCCGCACCGUUCAAACCGCAGUCACCAUUCGGAGCCUAAUUUCUAAAACCGCAACUUUGUUAUUGGUGUUAGUGUUGUGGUGGCCGAGGCCCUCGCAAUCAAAUAUGCUUUUCUCCAUGCAAGGGAUCUCAACAUCAACGACAUUUGGUUUCGCUCAGAUUUUCAAGUGCUCAUCAAAGCAAUCUCAUCGAAACGAUGAUCGAUUGAACUCUACGGGGUGCUCUCGGACAUCGCAUCGAUCUCUUCAUCCUUCUCUUCUUGUCGUUUUAGUUUCCUAAAGAUAGAUUUAAACGGGCCUGCAGAUUCAUAUGCCAAGCUAUGCUUGCUUUCUGUCAUGUAACUCUUAAAACCUUUUAUUAAUUGAAAUCUUAUGUUGUCCAAGAAAAGAAAAAGUUAUUGGUCUAGUGUUAGCGGUUUUGCCAAUAACGCUUAACCGCACACACAAGUUUACCAUUCAUUACCUAUAUAAAGAGUAUGCAACACGAAUAUAUGAUUCAUUUGUUUAAUGUGAUGGCUAAAGAACUGAGGAACAAAGGUUGCAAAUCUGCAGUACAGUAGCUUGCUAUAAGAACAGUCUCAAAAACAUAUAUGUAUAUAUAUAUAUAUACAUACUUUUUACAUACAUAUACAAUUUUAUACUACUAUAAUACUUCAGCAGAUAUAAUAUACUUCAUGUCGCUGAGUCAUUGACGACUUAUUUUAUUCUUGUUAAUUGUUAUAGUCAACAUAAUUUUAUUUUAAUCUUUUCUUUGGUGACUUGGUCACAUUUUCAUGGUUUUCAUACUUUCAUGCAGGUACCAUGAAUCUAUUAUUUUAUUUUAAAAAUUGAGAUUAUUAAUCAACAAAAACUAUUUGCAAAAGUCUAAUCAAAGAAACUGUAGAUCAAGUCAGAAAUAUCAAAUGAAUUAAUAUAUUUUGAAAAGAAAUUCUGGUAGCUAGCCCAUCAAGGCAUUUCUAGUCACUGCUCUCACACUCUGCCAUAGAUGAAGCAACAUCUUACUAACAAAGAUUUGUAGUCUGGUUGUGAUUAAUUUGAAAGUAAAAAGUUUAAUGUGGUGAAGCCACCAAAGUUCGAGUCUUGGCCACUAGAAAAUUAACCUUUCGACAUCGUCAGGAACAAAAAAACGACAUGUGGCAACACAACACAUGACUAGUUUGAACUACUUCUGUAGGACCAUGAUACUCCUGUAUAAUUCAAAAAGAAGCAACAUCUUAUUCUUGUUGGGUUCCGAGUAGCAUGGCCCUGUGAUCCGGCAUACCAAUUAAGCUUUUCAUAUAUAUCAUAUCAAUAUUUUCUAAAAAUUACUACCCCGCUAGAUGGAUUUUUAGUAUUUUUACAUAUACUAGAUUUUUUAACCGCGCUACGCGCGGAUAAGAUAUUAUAUGUAUUUCUCAAUUCUAAAUAAAUAAUGUAUAAUAUUAUUUUACAUUAUUUAAAUAAUAUAAAAUAAAACUACAUAACAUAAAUAUAUUUUUAAAAAAUUUCUUUGUGGAAAUCAUUAUGUUGUUUGAUUGUUGUACUUGAUUCACAUAUUUGCAUAGUUAUUUGUGAUGAAUGAAUAACUAUAUUUUUAUUAUCAGUAAAUAAUAUAUAUUUAUUAUAUAAUAUAAAAAAAUAAAAUUAUUUACUUUUAAAACAAAUUUGUCUCAUGUUGGUGACUCGUUUAUAGACAUAUCAUAUUCGAAUGAAAUAUUUUUACAGUUAUCAAUCUUCUUAACAGUCAAGAAACAAAUUUGAAUAUCAAAACAAUAUCUUAUACGAUCUUUUUGUGGAAUAACUGCUCUGAAAAAAUUGAAUUUAUGCAUCAAAAAAGACUGGAAAUAGAUGUGCAUAUAUGUUAUCUAAGUCAGCUUUACAAAAUACUAUUCAUAGUUCAUAUAUCAUUUAUGUCCAUCCUAUUUUUUUAUUCAUCCUUUCCUAAACAUCUUGAAAUAAACUAAUGCUAAUUAAUAAUAAAUUUUUGGUUGG